CACACUUUUUGGUAGCCAUUGGGAAAUGUGGGGGAGCCAUGACCCGUUUGUGCAUGAGAUCAUACUCUUCUCUUUGUCUUGUCGUGGACUCACAUUGACAAUGCAGGUUUUAUUCAACCUCUUGAUACCAGACCACACCGCUGAUGCCUUUUCUCCACCACGGCCACCCCCAAGUUCUCUUGGGGACCACAUAGCCGAGCUGCUUCUGAGAGGUUUAGGCCGCUGGGAUGCAGAACACUUUCUCUUCAUAGCAGAGCAUGGCUAUGUAUAUGAACACAAUACUGCAUUCUUCCCACUUCUCCCAAUGGCUGUCACAGGGUUGGCACGAGGGCCUCUAAUGCCCCUGGCAGGGGUGCUGACCUUGCGGAGUCGGAUACUCCUUUCCUCCGCCCUCCUGAACUGUGCUUGCUCCACACUGGCUGCCGUCUCUUUGUACCUCCUGGGUUGUGUGACUCUGCAAUCUCGACGUACCUCCUUCCUCGCUGCACUUUUAUUUUGUAUGAGUCCUAUUUCAGUUUUUAUGACUGUUGCCUAUUCGGAGAGCCUGUAUGCCCUGGCCACGUUCAGCGGCCUGUGGCACUUGCAGAAGAAUCAAUUGCUAAUUGGCAGUGUGCUUCUGUCGCUGGCCACGGCAGCCCGUUCCAACGGACUGGUGAAUGCAGGAUUCCUGGUAUACUCUGGGGUGAAAGCAUUUUUGCAGCAAAAUAGUGGUUGUGUCCCAUUAACAAAAAGACUGUGUGGAAUAUUGUUAAUGAUUCUACCCUUUGCUGUUUUCCAAGGCUACUGUUAUUAUAGAUUUUGUUUCCCAUCCUAUGGAGAAGAUCACCUACCUGAAGAACUCAUACAACUGGCAAAAGACAAGGGAUACCGAACGCGUGGAGAGCCAGUUCCUGUCUGGUGCUCAUACAGUAUUCCGCUGGUGUAUUCUCACAUCCAGAGUGAAUACUGGGGUGUUGGACUGUUCCGCUACUUCCAGCUACGACAGUUGCCCAACUUCCUCUUGGCUACCCCAGUCGUAGUUCUGGGGAUCUAUGCAAUAUUCAAAUAUGUUUCCUCUAACAUGGAACUAUGCAGCACUCUGGGAUUGUGCGAUGUGCAGAAAAAGGGCUGCUAUGGAUUCUAUGGACCUCAAGUGUUUGUCUAUGUGGCUCAUCUCUCGUUCCUGAUGGCAUUUGGAGUUCUCUGCAUGCAUGUGCAGGUUGUCACCCGACUACUUUUCUCUUCCUGUCCUGUGCUCCUCUGGUUUUGCUCUCAUAUGAUUGAGGAGAACGAGCCCUGGAUAUGGGGCCUAGAGAGAAAGAAGGAGGCUUCCAAUCCAGCUGUACGCCUGCUAAGGUCCUGGGAUUCGCUGCAAACACGAACACGGGUUUUGCUGGGGUAUUUCUUAGGGUACUGGGUGAUUGGGACAGCCUUACAUGUCAAUUUCCUCCCAUGGACGUAACACAGAAGGCAGCUGGGAUCAGGACUAGACUUACUUCUCAACAGCCUGUAGGCAG